GGCCGAGGCGCUGCCAUGGCGGCGGCGGACCGGCUCCGGGGCUCCUGGGCGGUGCCGGCGAAGCUGCUUGCGGGGCUCGCGCUGCUCGUGGUCGGGCCGGCCCCCGCGCGGGCGCUGCACAACGUCACGGCCGAGCUCUUUGGGGCUGAGGCCUGGGGCACAGUUGCGGCCUUCGGAGACCUCAACUCCGACAAACAGACGGACCUCUUCGUGCUACGUGAAAGAAAUGAUUUAAUUGUCUUCUUGGCAGACCAGAAUGCUCCCUAUUUCAAGCCCAAAGUAAAGGUAUCCUUGAAGAAUCACAGUACAUUGAUAACAAGUGUAGUCCCGGGGGAUUAUGAUGGAGAUUCACAAAUGGAUGUCCUUAUAACAUAUCUUCCUAAAAAUCAUGCCAACAGUGAUUUGGGAGCUGUUAUCUUCUGGGGACAAAAUCAAACAUUAGAUCCUAACAAUAUGACCAUACUAAAUAGGACCUUUAAAGAUGAACCACUAAUUAUGGACUUUAAUGGUGACUUAAUUCCUGAUAUAUUUGGUAUUACAAAUACAUCCAGCCAACCACAGGUUCUACUUGGAGGGAAUUUGUCAUGGCGUCCUGCAUUGACUACUAGAAGUAAAAUACGAAUUCCACAUUCUCAUGCAUUUAUCGAUCUGACUGAAGAUUUUACAGCAGAUUUAUUCCUCACUACUCUGUCUGCUUCUGGUUCUUCCCAGUUUGAAAUAUGGGAAAAUUUGGAUGGCAAUUUUUCUGUCAGUAGUAUUCUUGAAAAACCUCAAGAUAUGACAGUGGUUGGACAGUCAGCAUUUGCAGAUUUUGAUGGAGAUGGACACACAGAUCACUUAUUGCCAGGCUGUGAAGAUAAAAACUGCCAGAAAAGCACCAUCUACUUAGCAAAAUCUGGAACAAAGCAGUGGGUUCCAGUGCUACAGAACUUCAGCAAUAAAGGGACCCUCUGGGGCUUUGUGCCAUUUGUUCAGGAACAGCGACCUACCGAAAUACCAAUUCCAAUUACCCUUCGUAUUGGAGACUACAACAUGGAUGGUUAUCCAGAUGCGCUUGCCAUACUGAAGAAUACAUCGGGAAGCAAUCAACAAGCCUUUUUAUUGGAGAAUGUCCCUUGUAAUAAUGCAAGCUGUGAAGGAGCACAUCGCAUGUUCAAAGUCUACUGGGACUUGUCAAACCUAAAUCAAAUCAGAGAUGCCAUGGUUGCCACCUUUUUCGAUAUCUAUGAAGAUGGAAUCUUGGACAUUGUAGUACUAAGUAAAGGAUAUACAAAAAAUGAUUUUGCCAUUCAUGCACUGAAGAAUAACUUUGAAGCAGAUGCAUACUUUGUUAAAGUCAUCGUUCUCAGUGGUCUCUGUUCUAACGACUGUCCUCGUAAGAUAACACCCUUUGGAGUAAAUCAGCCAGGACCAUAUAUCAUGUAUACAACUGUAGAUGCAAAUGGGUAUCUGAAAAAUGGCUCAGCUGGACAACUCAGCCAAUCGGCACAUUUAGCUCUCCAACUACCAUAUAAUGUACUUGGAUUAGGUCGAAGUGCAAAUUUUUUGGAUCAUCUUUUUGUUGGUAUCCCCCGUCCAUCUGGAGAGAAGUCCAUACGAAAACAAGAGUGGACUGCAAUCAUUCCAAAUUCCCAGCUAAUUGUCAUUCCAUACCCUCAUAAUGUUCCUCGAAGCUGGAGUGCCAAACUGUAUCUUACACCAAGUAACAUUGUGCUGCUCACUGCUAUAGCUCUCAUCGGUGUCUGUGUCUUCAUCUUGGCAAUCAUUGGCAUUUUACAUUGGCAAGAAAAGAAAGCAGAUGACAGAGAAAAACGACAAGAAGCCCAUCGAUUUCAUUUUGAUGCUAUGUGACUUCCCUAUAAUAUUACAUAAUGGAACUGCUAUUUAUAUGAUUAACUGAAAAUCUAAAUUCUGGCUUAUAGAAAAGAUUAGGGAUUGUUUUGAAUGUUAUUUAUAAAUUAUAUAUCCUUGGAUUAUUAUUAUUGGAAAGUAUUCAAAUAAAUAUGAUCUGAAUGUGCCACAGGGUCUUUUUUUUAAGCACUGUAUAUAAAAUUUGAGUCCUUUAUUCAGUGGUGUUGUAAAUUUUCCUUUGUAGAAUGUGUUGCAUGUACUCAGGUGUUUAUGUAUUUCUAAUCCUAUUAGAAUAAGGAUGAUGGGAAAAGUUAUGUGGAAAUAAAAAUAUUAAAAUGAGUGAGAUUUUGUGUUCUACUUGAAUUGUUCUUGCUUCUCACUCCGAUAAUUACACUUUUGAAUGUGACGCAGAUACAGUUAUUAAGCAUUCGUUGUCAUCGGGAGUCGUUUGCUGAUGACAUCCAGUGUAGUUGCUGAGUUAGUUCUCUGGCUUUGGAAUCGCAGUCAGUCUUGCCUUAAUCUAUUUCUAAUACUUACUACAUGUUUUAACUUGGCAAAUUGUUUGACCUCUAUAAGCCUCAAUUUCUCCUUUAUAUAAUGGGACUAAUAAUGCCUAUUCAAUUGAGUGACUUCUAAAAUUUAAAAGAUUGGGUAUACGUAAAGUACUGAGUUUGCUGUGCAUAGCAUUAAGUGGUAGUACUCCUUACUAAUAUUUUUACAUGACUUUUUACAGGCUUCUACAAAUAAUCAUAAAAAUACAUAGUCUCGAUUGAAUUUUAUUUUUAAGCAUGAGUAAAUCCUAUUCUUUGGAAACAAAUUCUUGGUAGUUAACUUCUUAUAUAAGGAAUUAGUACGUCUUCGUGUUAAUUAAAUAUAGUGUCCUGAAGAAUUACUGUGAUCUGAAAAUUUUCAUUUGAGCACAUAUUUAUUAUGUGGUAAGGAAGAAUAUUUGAUUUUUGAAACUACUAUAAGUAUCAUCUCAGAAUUCCAGUCUUCAAUCACAUUUAUAUCCUUAUAGGUGAAGGAAUCUAUAAUUCACAUUUAGAUGUAAAUAAUAUUUAGAAAGUUACAGAAUAUAAGAUUAGUGGAAUUUAUCAAUACUAAUAGUCAAAUAGAAAUAGAAUGGCUAUGAAACAAAACAUUCUAUGAAAAUGAUUUUUUGUCUUCAUGUUUUCUAUACAAUUCACUCAGAUUGGCAUGUAUAUAAAUUGUUAACUUUGCAUGUUAGUUAGUGUGCCUUCAUAAUAAAUGCUCUUUAUUGAAACAAA